AGCAGGUUGGAACCUUAAAUUUUAUUGGAUGUCAAGGCAUGAUCUUUGGAAUUAGAUGCAUUUGGGAGGAUUUAACGAAUAUGCGGGAGUAUUUCAAGUUCUUUGACCCAGAGCUACUCAAUGCCACGGACAAAGAUGGAAUUGUCCACCAAGAAGUUGUUAUCAAAUUGGCUGAAAGGUUGAAUACAAUGAAUAACAAAUCUCAGAUGUUCUUCAUACUGUGGAACUACGAACGUCAUUGGAUGCUUGAGAUCGUUUGUGCUGGGAAGAUCAUUCACUUGGACCCUCGGCUUAGACAUAAACGCCCUAAGAUGACUAUUGACCUCACACUCCAAAGGGCAUAUGAACUGCUCGGAGGUUCCAACGAGUUACUUGGAACAUUUCCAGGAGUAACCGUUGCAGCGUGUCCAAAACAAACAUUGGGAAUUGAAUGUGGUUUUUAUGUACUUAGGUACAUUAAUGACAUUGUGAAAGCUCUAAAUUCAUUCGUUCUUAUAAGAGAAAAGUUUGGAAAGAUGGACACAUACGAUGUGGAGACGAUGUUGCUACCACUGCAACAUCAAUGGUUAUCGAAAUUGACACGAUACUUGUACUAGUUAACUUUAGACUUUUAAUUUUAGGCAAUACUUAUUUUGUAUAUUUUUUUUAUUAGUAAGGACUUAACAUAUUUUGUAAUGUAUAC